AUGGCUUCUCUGGAUUCGUUAAUCGAGUCGACGUUGGGAUACCAAUUCAUCGGCUUCACUGUAGCCACCAGUUGCUAUGGUAUCACAGUGAUUCAGAUAUAUCUCUAUUACUGCAACUGCAAGGAAGAUGGCCGUACCUUCAAAGCUUUCGUAUAUUUCCUCUUUUUUUUGGAUACACUCUGCUCAGCCCUCGUGUCUCACGCUUUGUAUGUGGUUCUGAUUGUGGACUGGGGCAACACCAUCGGCCUAGAGAGAUUCCCAUGGAGUUUUGCACUUGAGAAUGGCGUUACGGUUUUGAUAACCUUUCUAGUACAAUGCUUCCUCGCUGUGAGAUUACAGUUCUUGAACAAGAAAUUGGUGCUUGCAUCUGCUGCUAUUGUCGCCACUGGACUUGUCGCUUUUGGAGCCGGAAUAGCCCUGACUGCUGAACUGUUCAUGACCAAGUUUUCCAUCGAGGCAGUGCAAGGCCGAUUUUUCUUGGUAACAUGUGCUCUCGAUCAAGGAGCGGCAGCAUUGUGUGACGUCAUCAUCACUGUGUCCUUCACUUUAAGCCUUCUCUCUGAACGAUACCACGGUGCAAAACAGACAACUAACGUUAUCGAACUCCUGAUUUCAUAUAUGGUGACUCGUGGUGUCUUGACUACGAUCGUCCAGAUACUUAUGUUGGCCGUAUUCUGUGCUCUGCCGACGAAAGACGUGUGGAUGCUUGCGCAUCUAGUACUGAGCAAGGUCUAUGUUAACACCAUGUUUGCAGUCUUAAAUGGCCGUCAUAAUUUGCGCAAAGCUAUAGACAAGACUGUCGUGCUCAGGCCCAUCGAUUUUGGCCACGGAAACCCCAGCGGUGAUACUUCUGCCGCCAUGGAUGAGUCGUUUUCGGGAACAGACUUGAACAAUGUCCGAAUGUCAGGUAGCAAUAUUAAGCACGAUGUCGUCAUUGACGUUCCGGAACAUUCGAUGUCGCCGGACGACCAUUUGGGUCCCAAUCCAAAAGGCACUGCUGUUGUUUGA